UAUAAUAUCACCCCACCACCACCACUUUCCCCCAUACCUCUCCAUCUUCCACCUCCUCUGUCUCACCUCUUUGUUUUCUUCUUCUCUCUGUAAAAAAAAACCAUGGGAAUGAUGAUAAGAUCCACAAAACCCUUCCUAAUCCCUUCACUUUCCAUCAUACUUCUUCUUCUGAACACAAUCCCACUCGCAACAUCUCAAUACACAAUUGGAGUUAACUAUGGAAUGGUUGCAGAUAAUCUCCCACCACCAUCAGCAGUGGCUUCAUUUCUUCAAUCAAAAACAAAUAUCGAUAGAAUCAAACUCUUUGAUGCAAACCCAGAUGUGCUUAGAGCUUUUGCUAACACUAACAUUUCGGUUACUGUGAGUAUAGCUAAUGGCUACAUCCCUGAUCUUACUGAUUUACAGAAAGCAAAAGAGUGGGUUUCUGCUAAUGUUGUUCCUUUCUACCCACAAACUAAAAUCAUUAGAGUUUUAGUUGGUAAUGAAGUUCUGUAUUGGAAGGAUAAGAAACAGAUUGCUUAUCUUCUUAGAGCUAUGGAGUCUGUUCAUAAAGCUUUGCAAGAUCUUGGGUUAAACAAGAUUCAAGUCUCUACACCUCAUGCUUUGAACAUCUUAUCAAUUUCUGAUCCACCAAGUGCAGGGCAAUUCAAGCCUGUGUAUGAUACUCGUAUCAUAAAACCAAUUCUUGAGUUCCAUAACAGAACUAAAUCUCCUUUCAUGGUAUGUCCAUAUCCUUACUUUGGGUUCAAUGAUGUCACAUUAGAUUAUGCAAUUUUCAAAUCAAACCCAGGUGCAGUUGAUAAGAACACUGGUAAGAGGUAUAUGAACAUGUUUGAGCAAUUACUUGAUGCUACCCAUUCAGCUAUGAAGAGAGUUGGGUUUGGUGAUGUCGAGAUUGUUGUUGCUGAAACUGGAUGGCCAUCAGUUGGUGGUGAAAAUCAACCAGCUGUGAAUGUUGAGAAUGCUUUGUCUUACAAUGGGGGUGUUGUCAAGUUUGUGAAUUCUGGGAAAGGUACUCCAUUGAUGCCUAAUAAGAAGUUUGAGACUUAUAUCUUCUCAUUGUUUAAUGAGAAUCAGAAACCAAUGGGUGUUGCCGAACAGAACUUUGGUUUGUUUAAAGCUGAUUUUACUCCUGUUUAUGAUGUUGGGAUCUUGAAAACUGGUGAUCAGAGUGCACCUCCAUCUACCACACCUGUGACCCCAUCACCAACACCAGCAGUUACACCGGCACCAGUCGAUUCUCCGACUCCAGUGACACCAGUUACACCAGCACCGGUCGACUCUCCGACGCCAACCACACCAGCACCGGUUGAUUCCAAACAAUGGUGUGUGCCAGCAGGAGAUGUCAGUGAUGAAUUCUUGCAGCAUAACAUAGAUUACGUGUGCAGCUUGGGUUCAGUUGAUUGUCAGCCUAUUCAAGACACGGGUGCCUGUUUUGACCCGAACACGAUCAGGUCGCACGCAUCAUUUGCCAUGAACGCUUAUUACCAAACAUUUGGUCACGAGCCUCUCAAUUGCGACUUCGACGGCACCGGAAUUGUUGUCAACACCGAUCCCAGUUACGGUACAUGUGAAUAUGUAUCUUAGAGAAUGGGAUAUUGGAUUCGAGGUGUUGGAUUUCUUAAUCAAGAAAAGCAAUUAGAGUAUUGGUAAGGGCAAUUGGCACAUGGUUUGUGGUGUAGAGAAGAAGGAAAGAAUGUGACCAUUACUGCACCAAACAGCUAGUAUGUACCCCUCAACGGCUAGUCUUUUUGGGAACUGAUUUGUGCAUCAUGGGAUUUGAUUUGAUUCAUCUUUUUAGUGAUUAUUAUACAUGUGGUUCUUAGUAUUAUUCAUGUGGUUGCAUUUUGGUUUGUUUUUAAUGGGAAAUUUUGUCAUUAUUUUAUAGGACCUGAAAGACUGCUCUCAAUUGUAUGGUAUCGAUUCAUUUUAUGCACCUCGUAGAAUAUUAAUCGGAAAAGCAAUCCACUUCUGUAAUGCUUUCCAAUUGAGACAAAUGCAGUAAUUUUGGGUUCUGUUCAGUAUAAAAACAUGAAGACAAAUGCGGUAAUUUUUGGUUGUUACAGA